UAUACGCGCACUUGCCGUUCUCUGCAUUUGCCGGGACAAAGUCGAGAGCUAGAGGAAGCUAAGCUAGGCUAGAGCGAAUCAGCUGGGUUGCUAGCUUUGGUUGCUCACUUUGCUCUGCUUUUGCCUCGCCUUGGCUGAGCUCUGCUCGGCUCGGUUCGUGCAUGGCCGUAGGAGCAGCUGCCACCGCGCGCGGCGUGCUCCGCUCUGCAUGGGCCUGCAGCUCGCCGUCCGGCCUCCGGCAGCCGUGACCGGCCGGCCGCGCGCCGUUUGAGCGAGCGUCGUCGUCGACGCCGGGGUUCCAUCGCUGUGUUUGUUGACUGAGCAAGCAAGCGCGAUGCCUCCUCUGACGCCGCACAUCGAGAAGGGCUACGCCGGUGGCCGGCAGAGCAGGCAGCAGGAGGCGUCGGCUGCGGCGGCGGCGGCGGCGGCGGCGGCGGGCGGGCAGCUGCUGCUGCAGCGGGGGCCGGGGCAGCGGUCGGCGUCGUUCCACGGGCGCGGCACGGAGCCGUGGCACCAGCUGGCGAGGCAGAGGCCCAAGACGCAGCCGGACCUGCUCGCCGGCGUGAGGGGGAGGGCGACGGCGGCGAGCUUCGGCCCCGCCGCGGCCGCCGGCGGCGGCGAGCAGCUGGAGCCGGAGGCCGCCGGGAGGAGGACGCCGAGCAAGGUGCUGGUGAGCGUGGCGGUGCAGCGGAGCCUGUGGCCGCUGCACGUCAUGGCGUCGGCGGCGUGGAGCGUGGCCGACCUGGUGGCCGCCGCCGUCGCGCUCUACGUCAAGGAAGGCCGGCGGCCGCCGCUGCCGUCCGCCGACCCGUCGGACUUCGGCCUCCACUACUCCCAGUUCAGCUUAGAGAGUUUGGACCCAAGGGAAAAGGUGAUGGAACUGGGUUCCAGGAGCUUCUUCCUCUGCCCAAAAUCUUCAGCUGCUGUUCAUGCUCCAUCACCUUCCUGCUCCUCUGAUGAAGCAAGCAGGAUCAGGGAUAGGGAUGCUCCUGCAGCUGCAAGAGCAGGCGCAGCGCCGGCUUGGGUGAGCUACAUGCAGUUCUGGCCCAUGAUGUAGAGGUAGCUGGUAGCUACAUCUCGUAUACAGACAUAUGUAUUUGUAUCCUAGACUGUUCAGAAUAGUUCAUGUUCCCCGGUGUGUGUUUGUACAAUAGUAGCUCUGUGGAUUCAAGAAUCAAGAACAGGGUCAGAAUUUCUGAUGUAUUUGAAAAUUACCGAUGGCCCAGAUGAAUAACCGAAUAGAUUUGUCAUCUGGGUGACAAUUGGCAGCAAAUAAUAAAGCUUCAGAAGAUGGUAGUGUAGAUAUGAAGGGUUUCUUUGGUAAGGAAUUUUGAAUGAUUUUCACACGAAUUAGUUCAUUUUCUUAAAAGUUCCCGCAAAAUCCCUCUGAUCUAAAGGAGGCCGUAGUACUAGUGUGUUUGUAAUAUCCUCUUUGGUGCAAAAUUGCCUGGCUCACAGGACAACGGCAGAUUCAGAAA